UAAUAGACUAAUAGGUACCGAUAUCUCAUCGCUUAGGUACCGAUAUCUUAUCGCUUCAGGGUACAGCCGUUCUAGAUAGAGAUAACCAAAAACCCUCACUCUCUCAUACCUCACGGCCUGCCACCGAAGCCGGCUUCGUCAACCUCACUGACCACCCACUGGUUUUACGGCCUACGGUCACUUCUCUCUCUUUUUCUUUUUUUCUUCAAAGUUAAAGAUCCGUUGAAGCGUACAGCCGUUCUAGAUAGAGAUAACCAAAAACCCUCACUCUCUCAUACCUCACGGCCUGCCGCCGAAGCCGGCUUCGUCAACCUCACUGACAACCCACUGGUUUUACGGCCUACGGUUAUUCUGAUAUUGGAGCGCCUUUUAAGGAGGUCAGAAUUCAGAGCAGAUACUGUAAUUGGGGCAAGGAUGUCUGAGGUUGGAUAUGCUCAUCUAAAGGAAGAAAUUGGUCGUGAUGUCAUGGAAACAUUGACAGAGAUUGUUUGGUAUGAUGACAAACCUCUAUUUCUCUCUUUUAUGAAGGAUCUAUUUCAAAGAGAAGUACCAAAAACAGAAGAAGUUAGAAAGAAGGAAUCAUUUGAUUAUCAAGCUAAAUAUUGCCCACCAAUAAUUUUGCAUCACAUUUGUCAGUCUGGCAUAAUAGGUUGUGCCAUCGCUUUUCUCAGAGGGGAGACUGGUUUCAUCGCUGAUCUCAAUAUUCCCUUUAACGAUGGAUUAUAUCCAUUGCAUUUAGCAGCUAAUAGUUUAUCAUAUGAAAUGAUUGCGACAUUACUUUGCCAUGGAGCUCGGACUGAUGUCAGAACCAUAGAGGGUGAAUUUAGGGGCGACUUGUUUCCUCUCAACGUAUCACUUGAAACAGUAAGUUAUCAUCGAUCCUUGAUUGAUUGGACCCCAAAACAAUCUAUCUUCAAGUUGAUCGUUGUUCUUUGUCUGCCUCAAAUGAAGGUACCAUUAGAAAUUAAUAGGUUGCUGGCAUGGAACACAAAGGAGGUUGAUAAAAUAUUUAGUCAUUAUGCUAUGGAGGGAGAACUUAUUGAGAUGGCUACUCUACUAAUGGUUGCUCGAGAAAAGUUAAUCCCUUUGAGCAUGUCAAUACGCAAAAGCAUCAUUGAAGAGAUUGUAGGACUAACUGAAGAUGAAAUCAAAUUGAUCGGAAGUCACAAGAAUGAUAAGUUGGUUGAAGAGAUUGUAAGACUAACUCAAGAUGAAAGCAAGUUGCUCGGAAUUAAUAAGAUUGGUAAGUUGGUUCGGUCGCUUAACGAUAUUAAGGCAGCGAUGACGCGGGGAAUACUGUUGCUCGAAGUGUUUGAGAAGGCUGGUGUUGCUCUUGAAAAAUACAGGCGGUUAAUACAAAGUGAAAUGCCAAAAGAAAAGGUGGCCAACGACAUUAAUGCGCUGCUUGAGAGAGCUGGGUUUGUUAUAAAUGACAAAGAUGUUGAUUUAAGUGACAUUGACUGUGAAAGUGAAAGUAUCAAAGAGGCAACGGAAGAAUUAGAAGAGAGUUUAACAUUGAGGUCUUAUUCAAAGGAUCUCUGCAUGCCACCUCCCUCACUGUCUAACAGUUUUUCCAAGGAAAAGAGUUCAGUCACAUAUAAAACUGGAAGAACAUUCAUCGAAUAUGGGCCCCUUGUUUUUAUGCCUUCGUCACGGUCAUACGUUACAUUCCCGCUCAUGGAUAAAAAAAAGACGCUUACUAUUCCUAUAGGUGUUAGAUAUUCGAGAACUGUUAGACCCCCAGCAAUGAGAGUAUCUGCCGCAUAUCUUCUAUCAAGAAAUCAGUUUGCCUCCUUGGCAUUAGCAAUCAAGAAGAGGUUAACUUGCAUAUGAUUGGCAAAUAAGUCAAUGGACUCAUGAUUGCACUGGGGGUUGACUUGGCCGCUGUUUGAAUUGUAAAUGGAAGCUGUUAUAAGAGCACUAAAGGCCGUGCAUUUUCUUAAGAAGCAAAGCUGGGAGGCUUAUGCAAGUGACAAAUAAAAUACAGAAGAUCCUACUUCUACUCAUGAUGCCGUGUUUUAUAGUUGUUAUUUUAUUAUUUAUUUGAGUUCUAAUCUCUCAACUUUGGCUGAGAGGAAGCCUUAGUAAGUUAGUCUUGUAACUCUAUGUUUUCAAUUGUUAAAUUUGUUUGAUGUUCAUACUAACUCAAUAAAAUAUUUAAACAAUUUUAAAUGCAUGUUCCAGUUUGUUAA